AUGGGCUCUGUGGAAGACUCUGAGAGUACAUUUGACUAUAUUGUCUGCGGGGGCGGCACGUCCGGCUGCGUCGUUGCUGGACGACUGGCCGAGAACCCGGAUGUCAAGAUCUUGCUUCUCGAAGCUGGGCCUCAUAAUAAAGAUCUUGAGAAUGUCCAUAUGACAGGCGGAUGGUCGAACCUCUUCGACUCCGAAACAGACUGGAAUGUAAUCACGCCGCCCAUGGCUGGUGUUGAUAACCGCCAGGUAAAGCUCAGCAGAGGCCGGUUUCUAGGCGGAUGCAGCGGAUGUAAUGGCACGCUCUGCAUCCGCGGCUGUCGACAGGAUUAUGACGAUUGGGGCCUGGACGGAUGGAGUGGCGAUGAGUUCUUCAAGUAUAUGAGGAAGGCCGAGACAUUCCAUCCCAAGGACUGGUUCAAAGCAGACAAAGAUAGCCAUGGUUACACCGGUCCUCUCCACACCGAGCCGCAUGACCUGGCUCCAAUAUCGCAGCUGUUGAUGGAUUCGUUCGUCUCACAGGGCCUGCCUUUAAACCAUGAUAUGUUCAGCACAGGAGCUGUUUCGCAUGGCUGUGGCCAUGUUCCUCGUACGGUGUACAAGGGGAGUCGCACAACCGGCGCUGAUUUUGUGACGAACAAGAAUCAUAGGGGGAAUAUCACCAUCGCGACUGACUCGAUUGUAGACAAGGUCAUUUUUACGCAUGAGGCGGAUGAGACCCGCGCAACUGGUGUGGUGGUCAAGAGCUCUGACGACAGUUCCAAGACAUACUAUGCUCGUAAGGAGAUUGUUGUUUCCGGUGGAGCAUAUUGCAGCCCUGCUAUUCUUCUCCGGUCUGGUAUCGGUCCAAGAGAAGAACUGGAGAAGCACAGCAUCCCAUGCACAAUGGAUCUACCAGGUGUAGGAAAGAACUUGAUGGACCAUCUAAUCGUCUUCAUGUUCUACGAAACUGAGAAGCCGGGUAUAACAAACGACCACCACGUCUACCACGACAACAACUUCACAAAAACAUACACAGAAUGGAAAGAACAGAAAAAGGGCUUUCUUUCCACUUUCCCCUUCGGCUCUUUCGCAUUCGCGCGACUAGACUCCCGCCUCUCCGACUCAGACCUCUGGACCACAUCUCCGCGCGCAACCGGCCGAGACCCCAUGGGCCUCACACCCAGCCAACCCAACAUUGAAUUCUUCACGACAGAAUGCUACGGCGGCCCGAAACAGUACAACGAAUUCCCGAUUAAUAACAAGCACGCCUUCUCCAUGAUCGCGGAGCUGUUCGCGCCGAAGUCUAGAGGGAGCGUUACUCUAAACUCGAAAGAUGCCAUGGAGAACCCCAUUGUGGAUUGUAAUUAUCUGGACGAUCCGCUCGAUUUAUUGGUUAUCAGUGAGGCCUGCAGGUUUGGGAAUGAGAUUGUGAUGAAUGGGGCGGGCACGAAGGAUGUUGUCAAGGGGGCUUGGCCGGCGGAUUUGAAGCACCAUACCUAUAAGACGAGGGAGGAGUGGGUUCCUUAUGUUAAGGAGCAUGCUACUACUUGUUACCAUGCGGCUGGGACAUGUGCUAUGGGCAGGGAUGAUAAUAAAAUGGCUGUUCUGGAUGAGAAGUUGAGGGUUAAAGGUGUUACCGGGCUGAGGGUUGCGGAUUGUAGUGUUAUGCCUACGUUGCAUGGAGGGCAUACGCAGAUGCCAGCGUAUGGGAUUGGAGAGAAGUGUGCAGACCUAAUUAAGGAGACUUGGUAA